UAUUGGAGGAUAUCCCUGGGAAUCCUCCCAGGGAUACGCUUUAUAGGAGGAUGUUGAAUAAAAUUGGAUUUGAAAUAAGUAUAUUGGGAAAUUUAAAGAGAUUAAGGUGGAUAUACAUAGAUAGAUUUGAGUGUUUUCUCUUGGUUCCCUUCCCCGACAGUGGCCUAGUUCAUCACAAGGAUGACUAUGCUUAUGGAAAUGAAAUCGUAUUAGACGAUUUUGACAUUAUUCGGCAUGUCUCUAAAAAUAUCGUUUCUCAAUGA